GGCUUCCGUUCGUCGCGUCGGAGUUCGAAAACGAUCGAGUCGGUAGAGGUCGGACUCCGCGCUUUCUCCCCGCGUCGCAACCCCGUCGGACGGAUCUUGCGACGGAAAACCGUCGCGCGUCGGCCGAAAGGACCUAAAAUCGUAAACUCCUGAAACCGUGAAACCGCGAGCUUGCGCCCUCGCGCGGUCCGUCGACUGGUUCGCCUCCCGGCAGACGGCGCCGCGUUCGUCGAAGCGGCGCAUCCCCCUCCCGUGUCGAGCCACCCCUAGCCACCGAUUGAACCGGUGAACUCUCGUCGACGUCGAAGCAACCCCAGCUAGGACCUCGGACCAGAAGCAGAGAGCGGAGAGAGGCAGUCGUGAGCUUGGUGCCGAGCUGGGGCGAUGCUCGUGGCUCGCGUGUGCUUCGCGAUCGCGCCGAGUGAUCGCCAUUCCGUGUUGCUUCGCAACUCCGCGACGUUGUUCUACCCUCACCGAGGAGAGGAGCAUCGUCGCGUUCGAUCGACGACGACGACGACGACGACGACGACGACGACGACCACGUCGCCGCUUUUCUGGCCAGGCGCGUCCCUCUCGGUCGCAGCAGCAUCCUCGUCGCCGUCGCCUUGGACCUACCGAACGCUGGACGCAGAACGGUGGGCACCGUCGGUGCAACGACCGUGCGAUCGUCGGACAGCCGCGCGCGAGCACCUGCCAUCCGCUGCGAGAUGAGAAACGUCUGACAAAACGGAUCCCAGAGGUAUGGCCAGCAGCACGGAGGACUACGGCUCGGAAUUGCAGGAGCUGCAAUGGGGCGGUGGUACCGGGUCCCACUUCCUGCGCAGCGGCUCCCACUUCCUGAGGAGCGGCACCGGCGGUUGCUACGAGGCGGAGGAUUUGGAGCCGGCCAGCAGGCACCACGGCGGUCAGCACAGGGGCUACUACAGCCCUCCGGGUACCAGCUACACGAUCGUCGAGAGACCGCCGAGCGCCCAGCAUUACCAUUCGUCGCACACCACGCCGUACAGGCACAGAGGCCACGCCGCCGGGACCGCCGGGGCUACCGGGACCACCGGGGCCAUUUCGCCGGAACAGGUGCUCAGAUUGUUCGGCAACGGCGUCUCGGAGCGUCGUCAAGGCGAUAGGAGAACCCCGGCUUCGUCGCCCGCGAGCGUCGCGGCGGUCAGAACCUGUUCGUCCUCGUCGUCCCAGCAACACCAGCAGCAACAGCAGCAGCAGCAACAGCAGCAGCAGCAGCAACAACAGCAGUCGCAGCAAUCGCAGCAAAAUCCUGGGAAUCCUCCGACGUCGCCGAGCUCUCAGCCGCUGAGCCUUCAGGAGCUCACCGUAAGGACAGUGACCAUGACGAGAGAUCCGCCGGACUCUCACCAUGGCUUUGGAAUCUGCGUGAAGGGUGGCAAGGACGCAGGUGAGAUCCGAAGUACCUUCAGGCUUCCUCCGUCGCCGUACUUCGCGCCUCAAGAACGAGAAGCACAGUCAGGGGUGGGUGUCUACAUUUCGAGGGUGGAGGAGGGUUCGGUGGCCGAGCGGGCUGGACUCAGGCCAGGAGACACCAUCUUGGAGGUGAACGGAACACCCUUCCGGUCGGUAACCCACGAAGAGGCCCUCACAAUGUUGAAGUCCUGUAGGACCCUCAGCAUGACGGUUCGGGGCCCAGCGUUGGAUCCCCGUUGCAGAGUCGGUCAUCCGGUUUGGUCGACUUCCGGUCGUCAGCAAUCCUGCAGCUGGAUGGACCGUCAAGGUCGUCCCGCGUCGCCGCCGCCGGUCUACCCGAGCAGGGACUCGAGGUAUUGCCCGAGGACGAGGAAGGUCGAGCUCUGCAUCGAACCCGGCCAAUCGCUCGGCUUGAUGAUCAGAGGCGGUCUCGAGUACGGCCUUGGAAUUUACGUCACCGGAGUUGACAAGGACAGCGUGGCGGACCGAGCCGGUCUACUGGUAGGCGACCAGAUCAUCGAGGUGAACGGUCAGAGCUUCGAAGAGGCUACUCACGACGAGGCGGUGCAGAUCCUGAAAACGAACAAGAGAAUGACUCUGUUGAUCCGAGACGUGGGUAAAGUGCCCCAUUCCUGCACCACCAGUCAACCGAUCGUGAUGCCAACGUCCAGGUACUCGGACCACGAUUCCUUGCUGCUCGAGAGUCCUGGGAACCAUCGUCCGCCGAGUCCCUCCAUAGCGAGCGACUGGAGACAUCGGGGCGGGGUGCACACGGUGUCGGCUGCGACCGCGGCCAUGGUGGAGGAGAAGGCGAGGGUGGUACUCGCGAGGAGCGAGAGGGCGGCGCUCUCGCAGCUUCUAGCCGAUUACAGAACUCGCCGUUUGACGAUCGAGGAGCUGGUAGCCAGCCUGGCCGACCUCUUGAACACUCACGAGAAGCUGACUUUGCUGACGGAGCUCAGGGAACUCGUCGACAGCAAAGACAGGCCCGCCUUCGACGAUCUCGUUUACAGGCCUCGCGUAACCAUGGCAAGGAGAAAAGGAGACCGUGCUCACUCCGAUCUGAUAGUGACGCCCUCCCUUCACGAUCUUCCGAGGGGUGUGCACGGUGGUUGUUGCCGUCCGGGACGACUGGUGGACGUCGAGGGAGAUCCCCUAGGAGCGACGGGACCCCUCCUGCCCAGGGAUAACCAGGAAUAUAGAUCGCCGAGCGAGGACAGCGGUCUCGGGGCCGACAUGCCCAGGACCAGGUCGAGAGCGGGCUGCAGGAGGGCCCAGCAGCAGCACCAAGCGACGACCUCCGACCUCGCCCUCUCCAACGACGAGGAGUGCGACAACCAGGAUUACGAAGACGAGCUGGAGAACGGCCGCGGGCGCAGGCACAGCUCUCCCAGCGGUUCCCGCGGCAACCCCAGGGAUUACGGCCACCAUCGGCUACACCCGGACAAUCUGGAGAGCGACGGUGGUUGCGAUGGUAGCGACGCCGAGAUGAUCGGUAGCGGGAGACGCGGAUGCGGAACGGAAAGGGAUCGCGAUAUGGAGGAGGAUGAGGACGAAGGAAGGGAGGAAAGGAGCUCGGAAGGUGGAAGUGGUGGAGGUUUCGGUGGUUGGAGGUCCCAUUUGCUCGGUGGGCUGACGCAACGAGUCAAAUCCUGGUACUGGGGCGCCAGGCCCCUCGAACUCGCGCACAAGCUCUCGCGGAGCUUCGACAUGCAGGAAGCUCAGCUGCUCGAAGAGGGUGGCUCCGGUGGCGGGUCCGCCGGGGCCGGCGGUGCCGGUGGUCCACCGAGAAGGCACCACAGCGCUCAAAGGCUGACCAGAAGCGAAAUGUCCGAGAGAAGGGAAGAGGACGGUGCUCUGGUGGUGCCCGAUCAUCAGGGGAACCUGAGGAUCACCGUCAAGAAGACCAAAUCGAUUUUGGGGAUUGCCAUCGAGGGCGGGGCCAACACCAAGCAUCCGUUGCCCAGGAUCAUCAACAUACACGAUAACGGAGCGGCGUACGAGGCUGGCGGGCUAGAAGUCGGUCAAUUGAUUCUAGAAGUCGACGGCCACAAAGUCGAAGGUCUGCAUCACCAGGAGGUGGCAAGACUGAUCGCGGAGUCGUUCGCGAGGCGCGACCGCAACGAGAUCGAGUUCCUGGUGGUGGAGGCGAAGAAGAGCAACCUCGAGCCGAAGCCGACGGCUCUGAUAUUCUUGGAAGCGUAGCAGGAAUCUCCCACCUCCGAGCCGGAGCCACCGUAGCCCAACGCGUCGAGAGUUCGACCUUUAACGCGCGUGGAGCGUCCUCGACGUUGAAGCACGCGGCGACCGAGUCGGCGAUGCCGAAGAAAAGUCGAACGGGAACGGGGGGACCUCGACGACGUCCGCGAUCGUUUCGCGAUCGCGGACGCGUCGGGCACCCGGGGCACGCGUCGGGUUCGAACAAGAGGAUAUCGCGACGCGUCCCCGCUCUCUUCGUCUUCUCCGCGCGCGGACUCGACUCGACUCGACGGUCGAGCUCUCGGUUAGGUGCUAAUCGAACCUGGCUCUGGGUGGUGGGAACCAUCGAACAAAAACGAGCAGCGGUGGAGGACGUUAACGGUGAUGGAAGUUCGAUUAGCGAGUCGAUCGGACGAUAACCGGUAGGACAGUUGUCGCGUCCCCGUUGCUGCUCGAGAGUAGGCCAACGAUCCGAACAUGCUUCCGUUAGCGGUUAGCGGUUCGCCGACGACGCGCGGUGCGACGGUGCGACGGGACAACGGGGCGGCGCCGAAGACGGGAUGCUCGUCGAGCAGAACGUUGGACUCUCGAGCACGCGGGACUCGCGACUCGGUCGACGGACACUGUUACGUGCGAGGUGGAUCUCGAAGCGAGGAAGUUGUCUGUGCCAAAAUAUUAGGGAUUGUUUCGUGUAUAGUAAUUAUGAUGUACCAUUGAUCGUAACGGAGAUCCUCGAUCCAGGACGAUCCACGGAUUCUAGCAGGCGCAUGCUUUUCGGUUGCGAGAUCCGAACGAACCGAUGACCGAGGAUCUCGCGAACGCUCGCAAUCGGCUCGAAACUAACGCGGACACGGAUACGGACGCGAAUAGAAACGAACACCUCCGCUCCGGUACGCGAGCGGGAGACACGGAUAUUCACUGUUGACUAAUGCGUUAUCGAUGACACACCGCGGCCAACGACACCGGUACGGAUUUUCGUCGAUCGGUCGCCGAGGGAUCGCGCUUCGUUCCGUUGUUUCCGAUAUCGCGAGUUUACUAAAUUAAACGGCCGGUUUCGUUUCGAUCGGGUACGGUCAAUUUAUCGAUAUCGCUCGUGGUAUCGGUACGGUAUGUUUCGCUUGCAAAACGAUAUAUUUAAGAAAUUAUAGAGUUCGUUGAAAAAAAACCGACUUGUAUCGCGUUCGAUUUGGACGAAUCACCAGAGUUUUCUUUAUUCCAGCGAAGCGAGUUCAUCCGUUCGUUUCACCGUGAAUUUCUCGAGGAUGUUAAGUUCGGAAAAUUCGGAAAAUUCAGAAAAUCGUCGGCACGAUCGACGAAAGUCCCGACCGAUACGUGCCCGCGACUAAUACAGACUUAUUAUGGGAAUUGUUGAGGCUUAACAAAGUAUUGUAUAUUAUACAUACAUAUUAUAUUAUUGACUAUCGUAGUGGAAUUGCAACUUCUACCUACCGGGGGCGAUCGGGCACGACCGAGAACGCGCUUCCGAUCCCCGCGUCGUUCCCUGCGCGUGUCCGAUACCCGAACGAAGAGAAAAAGACGGAAAAAAAGUUCUAUAAAUGUGCGAAUAUUUUGAAAAUGUUACCUAAACGUAAAGAUCGCGUACGUAGCAUCGGGUCCGAUACCCGAUCGUUCGGUGUUCGAGCAUCGCGGACGAUCGCGGACGAUCGCGAAAAUGGGCGAACAAAAGAAGCGAACAAGAUCCCGUGGGAAUCGCUCGAGAAACCGUGGAACCGCGAAACCAUGUUCGCGAACGCGGACGAUCGUCGGAACAACUGGACGCGACGUCGCGUCGAUCGCGAUCCACGGAAACGAAGCUCGAGCACGUUUGCCAACGACAAAGGGACGUUGCCUCUCCGCGAAAUCUAACGAGAUCCAACGAAAUCUAAGAGCCUCGCGAGAAUCGGCACUUUUAACGAUAAUUCUUGGGAACACCGCGAGAACGCCAGAUUUUAUACGUAGCGCGAUCGUAGCGAACCUCGACUCUCGUCACCGUCGAACACGAUCGAACGACUCGGGAGCUUAGGAGUUUUCCAACGAGCACGAUUUUUUCUUCAUCGGCCACGUUUGCAGCCCUUAGAAUAAGUUUCCAUCGAAAUUGUGUGGAGUUCGAUGUCGUAGGAUUCGAGUGAAUCGCGUGAUUUCGUUUCGAUAGUCGAAAAUUCGUUGGUACGUUUGUUUUAGAGUGUUAGAAUGUUAAAACGUUAGAAUUUUAGAAUUCUAGAGUUUCACAGUUUUAGAGGUUUAGGGUUUUAGUGUUUUAGAAUUUUAGAUUCUUAGAGUUUUAGUAUUAGUAUAGUAGAGGGUAGACGAUCUUCUAACGAGAUUCGUAGCCGUUGCAAGGAUAAUUGUAAUUCACGCGCGAUCAGAGCGGUUCAUCAUUGACGAGCAAAAACCGUAGCAUCGUCGUCGUCGUCGUCGUCGUCGUUGUUGUUGCGAUAGUCACGGUCGGCGCGUCACGUUUAACGCGAAUCUCUCUACCUUUUACAAAGUUCGAUGUAAUUUAACGGUGUGUGUGUUCGACGCGCACUCGAGUCCGCGCGAUUCCGCCGUCGCUAUCGCCAUCUUUGUCGCCACCUUUGUCGCCGUCUUCAUCAAGAACCGAUCGUCCGCGAUCGUCUCGCUUCGAAAAACUAAGAAAACCGGGAAACCCGUAAAACAAACGAACCAUGCGAUAUAACCGUACGAUAUAACCGUGCGAUAUAACCGUGCGAAGCUUCGAUAGAAUUGUCGCGUACGCGUAAAAUGAAAACGAAAAUAUAGCCGAACGGCGGCGAGUCGAUGGUAAAAGAGGGAGGAACGAUCGGAUGAGAGGCACCAGCGAUUCAAAAAUUCACGCCGCGUCACCUUCGAUCGAUCGUACUGUAUCUGCGAUUUCCUCGAACCAUGUCGCGCGAUCAUUUUGGCUACAAUUGUGCCAACAGAUUGGAAACCGAGUUAACGCGGACUGCAAAGGUUAACGGAAUCGCAUUCGGCGUUCGACGAACAUUCGUUUCUUUCGGAACGAUGCGUACACGCGCGUAACGGAGCAUAAGAACCGUCUCCUCGAAUCUGAAAUCUUAUUUCCGAAUAAUUCGUAAUUCGUAAUCCGUAAUUCGUAAUAGGUCGUUCGUAAUUCGCGAUUCCAGGUACGUUAUCCGACAAAAAUUCGGACGUCCGUUCGAAAGUCGGUCCGGUUCGAUGAUCGUAGACUCCUCGAGAGUCGAAUUCAACCCUAAUAUCGUCUCUCUGAUCGGCUUGAUCCGUUGACUCGGUUUGCAACGCGACACACGAAUCGAUAAAGCAGCGACGGUACUUGGCCGAGCGAGGCAAAAUCACGUCACACGAAAGAACGUGUUAUUUUGUUAAGAUUCCACUCACGUUAAAUUUGUGAUAUAUUCUCUACCGAUAUUAACAUUUUACACUUCACGAUCUAAACACAUGAUUCUCAAUAAACGAUCCUCAAUCGAGACACUCGACGAAAUAAUUUUCCGUUCCAUUUGCUUGCGACAAGGACGACCGAACACGCGUUCUCCCGCUACCGGAUCCCGCUAUCGAUCCGAAACGAAACUCUUGCCACAAGAUCUCCGAAUCUUCUCGAUCGCUGUCCUUGUCGCAACAGAAUCGACAGUUUAUCUCGACAAGAUCGAAUUUUCUGGUCGUUGGUGUGCGCCAUCGCGAGUACACGUUCCGAUAAAAUGUGCCAAAAACCGAGAAGAACCGGCGGAACGAACCGGCGGAACGAACCGGGAGGAACGCGAUAGCCCGGCAGUUGAGUCGACGAAACGCGGUCCGAGGACGGCGAACGCGGUUUCGAAGAAUCGAAAGAAGAAGAAGAGGAAAUAUAAGAAGAAUCGGAACGACGUAUCGAAAAAGAAGUCGAGCGACGCGAAGAAUAAAUGUUGGCUAGCUGCUUUCCGGCUGAAAAAAUAUACCUCGUGCUAUAGUAUUUCUUCUUGUUUUCGAAGCGAAUUUUUCUAAAAAAAAAAAAAGUGGAUAAAAAGAAACGAGAAAGAAACGAAGGAAGCAAGGAAGAAGGAAAAAAAGAAAGAAUAAAAUAAAACGAAGCAUCCGUAACGAAGUUCACCGCCCCGAAAACUAAGAAAGCAGGGUUACGGUGGAGCACGCGGGUUACGGGGCACGAAAACAGCGAGACGAUAUUUUUGUAAAGCAUUCGAUGUACCGCGAUCACUGGAGCAAUUCGAAGAUCUCAGCCGACAUAUCCGAUAAUGCCUUACCGCUUUCAACGAGAAUAUCGAUCCUUGGAGACAAGCGUCGCGAUCGAUCGUGGGUUCUUUCGUUGGGGGAUCGGUUCAUCCGAAUUUCCGAUCGGUCAGCGAACGUGGAACGCGAUCGGAGGAACGCUCGCGAAAACGGGGGACGCUUGAAAAUAAUUUCGAUCGAUGGAUCCAGUGGGUUGGAGCAAUCGGAGAAUCGAAAACAAGUUCCUUCGGGACAUUUUAAAUUAUUCGGCGUACCAAGAUUCGAAAGUCCUCUAAUGCGUUCGACAUCAUAACCUCGCGCGCGCGCGAACUUUUCCUUCGGAACACCCGUGUCGGACCACAUGACCCUUGGGUCGUUGGGUCCGCUUCGAGUACCUUUCGGAAACUCUUCGAAUUUACGACGGUCUCUGUUUGCUAUUGAAAAACUCUAUUGUAAACAUGCGUCGUCGAGUCGUUUGGAACUUGUCGUCUCAAAAAUAGCUUCUUCGAAGGAGAGUCGUAAAUUACGCUGGUCGUUUGCACGAGGGGACCAAGGUUUCCUUUGCGCGUACGACUGGACGCUACAAAUCUGUUCUAUGUAUAUUUGUUCAAAAAUACGAGAAAACUGCCAAACGUAAACCAUUUAGACGGAUAUCGCGAGGUUCUCGCAGAUCCUAUCAACGAUAAGGAAUAGAGAAAAGAGUACGCGAUCGACGGUAAAUAUUUUUCCACGCGAAAUUAGUCCCUGCCGAGCCAGCGGAAGAUCAGCGACCAUAAGCGUAAAAGCGUUUGCUCUCGAUCGGUCGCUUUCCAUUUUUCUGUCUCUGCCUCUAUCUCUACCUCUAUCUUUUUCUGUCCCUCGUCUCUCUCUCUCUCUCUCUCUCUCUCUCUCUCUCUCUCUCUCUCUCUCUCUCUCGACGAAAUAAGAAAAUUCCGCUAGCAAACGCGAAACGGAACGAACGAACCGAUCGAUUCACCGUGCACCAAUUAGUAAAAGCCUCGCUCGUUCCCCAGGACCGAAAAAGCGAAAAUUAUCGCGGAACCGAUCCGCGGAUACACGCGAUGGGAUUCACCUCGGAAAGAUGAAAGCGUCUCGCGUCCGUGCACCCAUCGCUCGAUCCACCGUUCCAGAGAAAACCGAGACGCACGGAGAAAAACGGCGAACGAGAAUCGUCCGUCGAUUUCUAUUAACUUAUCGAAUCGCGACAUUCGCGGUGCACGAUCGAUCGUCGCUAUUCUCCGACGAAUGCGACGAACGAUGCGCUUCGCCUUCUCCUACGUGGUCGGACGAGUCGGAGAAAAUCGGCUUCUCGGUUUCACUCUUUCGAUGAUACAACUGUCGACGUAGUCGAACGCUCUUGUUUUUCGCAACACCCAUUCAUUCGAUGCUUCCUUUGCGUUUCGAGCGGCUGCUUCCUGCUACGAAGAGAAAUGGAAAUCGACGAUUCAAAAGCGAUUCGCUCACAUUUUCUUCUUCGAGAGCUACGAAUACUCUAACGAUAAAGUUUUAAAGAGAAAUGUUUUCUUUUUUUCUUUUGUUCGCGUCCCCGCGGGCGAGGAAUCGAGCCAAGUCGAGCCGAGAAAAAUCCGCGCGAACGAGGAAUGAUCGCUCAACGAUCUAUGGACAGUGAUCGAGGGGGGUGGGAUGGGGGGCGAUCAUCGCAAGACGGUCAUCGUCGAAGCAUCGAUACGAAAACUACUCCGAAACUAUCGCGUUCAGUCAUCCGCUGACCGAAUCGCGAAACAGAUGCAACCGUAUGCUUGUAACGAUUUAAAGGAUACUGUACAUAAGCAAAAAACGCUCGUUCAUACGCAUUUCAUAGAUCCUUUUGUAGUCGAUUUCGUACACCUUACUAUUAGCGAAUACGUAUACACACACAAAUCUAUGCUGUCUCCCUCGCGCACGCACGCGUACACUUACACGCGCCCGCACACACGCACAGGGAGAAAGAGAGAGAGAGAGAGAGAGAGAGAGAGAGAGAGAGAGAGAAAGAGACGAAUUAAAGCAUGCGAAUGCGCAAGCGGAACCAAUUAUGCGCGAUGGAAACGUUGCGACGACUCGUGUCGUCGUUAACGUUAAUCAACGACUCGUACACUCAACAUUUUAUGGAACAAAAACGAUUAGGAUAGCGAGGAUAAAAUGGUUACAUGAACGAUACCUUUUGAACACGGUGCUGGAACACAGGGUGCCGAGAACAAUUUGCCCCAUGACUUUAUCGGUUGUUUCUGAAUUUCGUACACGACGACAAACUCUUCUAUUUUUCUUUUUUUUAACUGGACGCGUUAUGAAUGUUUUUCAAGGUUCGCGACUUUUACUUUGCGGAUAACGAUGAAAAGAACCGAUAAAUAGACGAACGAACGGUAGACAAUUUAUUUGCAACUAAAAAAUUGUUCACCGUUCGGCGAAAUUUUUUCUUUUUUUAAUUUCAGAAUUCGUUUCAGUUGUAUAACGAUGUUCUAUACUCGAAUCGUUAGCAAGUAUCUCCAAAGAAUUUCCCGAAAGUUCUGGAGCGUGUAAAAAAUAUCAUAAAAUGGUUCGCGUGGCAUAAUUUCGAGGCAUUUUGUACAGCGCUUUCUUCGCAUCCUGUGCACAAAUAUACGACAUCCAAAACUUUGCAUGUAUUAUAAGGAAGAAUACAAGAUUCAUCGAAUUCAACGUGCAAAUCGUACGUUCGUGUUGUUUAAAUUACUGUUAAUCCUGUAUGCUUUGAUUGUCUAUUCGAUCGUUGUUGUUCAUUCUUGUUAUCGUCAUUAUUAUGAUCAUUCCAAGCGAUCGAUGUAAUUAUUGCCACUGCAGUUGCGUUUCUGUUUAUUGCGGAUCGUUAUUAUGAUUAUUACUAUCGCUACGAUGAUAACAAUUACUAUUGUAAUCAAAUAAAAAGUUCAUCACGAAA